UUUCUGCUGGCUCUGGGACUUUGGGCCAUCUAUAAAGCUUCACAAUGGAAAAUAAGGAGGAAGAGUUCUUGGCUAGAACUGGAGAAAGAGCAGCCGUCAACCAAACCAUGUUCCCUGCAAUGGAGGCCUUUGAAAUCAAUGAUCCACACCCCAAGAAGAGAAAGGGGGUGAACUGCUUCAUGGUCAUGGUGGCCAUCUACCUGAUUCUGCUCACCGCAGGUGCUGGGUUGCUGGUGGUGAAAGUUCUGAAUCUGCAGGAACGGCUCUGGGCCCUGGAGACUCACUUCACCAAUGGAACACUGGCCGCCGAGGAUGGCCUGUCCUUCUCUUUGCUCCAGUCAAUGCCCAUCCCACACCUCCCUGGGGGCACAUUGGGGCUGCAGGUCCUGCAUGCCCAGAUCACCCAGGUCCGCACCAGGCAGGAGCAUCUGCUACGGAAGGUGGACAACUUCACUCGGAGCCCAGAGCUGUUCCGGGUCAAAGGGGAACGAGGAGCUCCAGGACUCCAAGGCCCGCCUGGAAUCAAGGGAGACGCAGGCCUCCAAGGACCCAACGGUGCUCCAGGGAAACAGGGAGCCCCUGGCACCCCAGGACAGCAGGGAGAGAAGGGGAGCAAAGGCGAUGGGGGUCUUGUUGGCCCGAAAGGGGAACCUGGAGCUAAGGGCAACAAAGGAGACUUGGGUCUCCCAGGAAGCAAAGGGGACAUGGGCAUGAAAGGAGACACAGGGGUCAUGGGUCCCCCCGGAGCCCAGGGCAGUAAGGGUGACUCAGGGAAGCCAGGCCCCCCAGGUGUGGCUGGAUCUCCUGGAAUGAAAGGAGAUCAAGGACAACCUGGAGCGAAGGGUCUUCCCGGCUUUCCGGGCGCGGCGGGAUCUGCAGGGGCCAAGGGGGAGCCUGGCAGCGCUGGCUCCCCGGGACUAGCAGGACCAGCAGGGAGACCCGGGAGUCCCGGAGCCAACGGCGUGAAAGGAAGCAAGGGGGACCCAGGACUUCAAGGACAGAAAGGAACAAAAGGAGAAUCAGGAGUUCCAGGUCCUGCGGGCAUGAAGGGAGAAAUGGGAAACCAGGGCCUGGUAGGCCCCCAGGGUCCACCGGGACUGAAAGGCCAAAAGGGAGAGCAGGGAGCGAAAGGAUCUUCUGGAGCGCAGGGAAUACGGGGAGAAAAAGGUGAACCCGGACUCAGUUAUCCGGUGCAGAUGGUCAGGAUUAUCGGCACUAGGAACCGAGGCCGGGCUGAAGUUUACCAUAACAAUGUCUGGGGGACCAUCUGUGAUGAUGACUGGGACAAUUCAGAUGCCACUGUCUUCUGCCGCAUGCUGGGCUACUCCAGGGGAAUAGCCCUUACCAAUGUAACACCUGGCAGUGGGGAAAUCUGGCUGGAUGACGUUGCCUGUCGAGGGACAGAGAUGAGCCUCUGGAGUUGCCAAAAAAGCAACUGGGGCUCUCACAACUGCAACCACAAUGAGGAUGCUGGCGUGGAAUGCAGAUGACCUCCCACAGCCCCUCCACUGUGCUGUGCCCAAAGUGUCUGCAGACAUGGACACUCAACUUCUCGGGGGGAGGGCCAACACUCUCUGAAGGGUCACUCUGGGCUGGGGCCACUAAUAAAGCUCAA